AUGAAGUUUCCAAGAUCCAAGAUCCUGCAGCUUCCAUUGGCAAUCAUGACGACGAUGAUGAUGAUGCCAACGACUGUGGUUUCCUUUGCUCCUUCUCUUCAGCGAGGGGGAAAAGUGAGCCGUCAUUCCACACAGGCCAUUCGGUUUUCCACCCUGUUGUUUGACAAGAAACAGAACAAAGACACCAGCACAACAGAUCGUUCCGAGCUCGUGGAUGCCAACCAAUGGCUCGAGGCGGCGGUCUCCUCUACCUUGAAGACAGGCGGCUUUGAUGAGUCCUCCUUCUUGGUGGGUAUCUUGGGGGAUUUGCACAUUGAUCCUCGCAAGAUGGAGGAUUACGAAGAGGGUAAAAACGACUGGAAACCCAUUUUUGAAGCCGCGCAACAAGCUCAUGGCAAUACCUGCCUGGUCAGUUUGGGAGACUUGGGCGAAUCCAAAAACUGUGAUCAUAACGAAGCCAACCCAGCCGAGCUAUUUGCUGGUACUACCUUGUGCCAUGAAAUGGCCGCCGACUUUUUGGGCAACAUGGCGGAAGGAGUACCCUACGAAGUGAUUGGCGGCAAUCACGAUUUGGAAGGAAUUGACGAGUUUGAUACGGACAAGGAAAACUUGGAGGUCUUUAUGAAAACUCACGGCAAGCCAACUCCACACUUUUGUCGCCAAGUGGCGGACAAGACCUUGUUGGUGGGCCUGGGAUCGACCGUCUUUCGAGAUGCUCCAUUUACGUCGCACGAAGUCAUUGUGGAUCAAGCUCAAAUCGAUUGGUUUGAAAAUUUGCUCAAGACACAUCCCGCCGACGACGACUGGAAGAUCUUUGUCUUUACCCAUGCUCCACCGAAUGGGUCUGGACUCAGAAUUAUUCAAGAAAACCAUGUUGUCAAUGGCUGUUGCUGGCUGAACCAUUCCAACGAAGGCCAGUGCCGCAAAUUUAUUGAACUAGUGAGAGAACAUCGAUCCAUCAAGGCUUGGUUCUCGGGACACUUUCAUUUGGGACAAGAUUACCAAGAUUCCAUUACCUUUCCUACCAUUCCCAUGGAAGAAGGACCAUAUCCCAAUCGAGGAUCCUGUGUCUUUGCCCAGACGUCAGUCAUGCGCAAGGGAACUGCGCGAGAUGGUCGUCAGCAAUCUCGAUUGCUACGAGGCAACAAGGAUGGCUUUGAAAUUUGCACGGUCGACCACCAAGCAGGGGGCAAGAUUCGAUUGGAUGCUACCAUAACCUAUCGUGACAACAGUCACGAAGUAGGAAUCUACAUGCACGACGACAAGGCCUACGAGCACGACAAUUAUUUCAAGGUCUAUCAACCCACCGAGGGUGAUUUGCAGUUUGUCUGUGGAGCUGAUACUGACGAAGUCUGUUCCAUCACUGACGACGACCCAGUCACCAUGGAGACCAAAGCUUGGUGGAGACUGUCUAGCAACAGAGUGUUGGGUGUCCUGAACGGCAUGUUGCUCGAGUACGACCAGUCGACUUUGGCACCUUUGGGACUGGUCUUGACGAAGGAAGAAUUGUUAGGGAAGAGCAUCACAGUUGUCGACUCUGGCAUUGAAGAAUGUAUAGUUGAUGAUUUUGACGAUGAAAAUGAGGGAAUGGAAGGAGCUGAACAUUGCAUCAAGGAACGGGAACAAGCCGUCUUGGUGCAUGACUUGGAAACGAAUAUUGUCACCAUUGUCCAACCGAAUGAGGAUGGAUCGUAUUGGCGAAAAAUUGUCCGUAAUAAGAUUGCUCGCAUGAAGGAAAAGCGACGAGAACAAGCAGCCAUUCAAUACAUUCAGGAACGAGCUGGAAUGGACGACAAAGAAGCUAAAAAAUCGAUUCAAUCGACAUGGGGACCUUAUACAAGUACCUCUGGAAACGCACUGUAG